AUGAUCAGCGCUCUGACAAACAUCUCCGCUGAUGCUGUUGGAGCAUUUACGAGUUCGCCGGAAAUCACUCUUCUUUGCUAUGGAAAUGCAGCCUGCAUCUUCGUCGACUUCAUCUAUCAGAUAACCCUCUACUCUGCCGUAAUGGUUUUAGCCGGCCAUUUUGAAGUGGAGAAUGAGCGCGAACUGAGUCUCACUCAACGAUUAGAGUGUGGCGCUGAUGGCAGCAACGACGCCUUGAGCAAGGUAAGAGAAGGUCGUUAAAA